GUCUACGGUAGGUUUCUUCCCAGCUGCCUGUGGACACAAAUCAAGUCACACAGCAGGAGGAAGCUAUGAACACCAAGUUCCAGAAAAUGCAGCAAGGUCCUCCUUUGACAUCCCAUCAAAGAGGAAGAAAAGAGAGCUCCAUCUCCCUCCAGGAACCCAGCUAUGAACGCCCUCUGCACAAACACCUUCAGCCAGUUGGCCUUCUCCCUGGGGCUGCUCCUGGUGAUAGCUACUGCUUUCCCUACCCCCGUUUCCCUGGGAGAAGAUUCCAAAGAGGAGACCACCUCAAAGAGAUCACCACUCACCUUUCCAGAGCAAACUGAAAAACUUAUUAAGACCAUCAUGCUCGAAAUCUCUAAAGUGAAAGAUAAGAUGUGUGACAACCAUGAGGCAUGUAAAAACAGCAAGGAGGCACUGACAGAAAACAACCUGAACCUUCCGAAACUGACAAGCGGAGAUGGAUGCUUCCAAUCUGGAUUCAGUCAGAAAACUUGCUUGAUGAGACUCACCGCAGGUCUUGCAGAGUUUCAGGUAUACCUGCAGUACCUCCAGAGCACAUUUGAGGACAAUGCCAAGGCUAUGCAGAUGAGAAUCAAAGCCCUGGUCAAUAUCCUGAGGCAGAAGAGUCCAGAUGAAGAAGCCAUCCCUGAGCCCACCACAGACACUGGCCUGCUGGAGCAGAUGCGGUCGCAGAACGAGUGGAGGAAGACCACGACGACCCGCCUCAUCCUGCGGAGCCUUGAGGACUUCCUGCAGUUCACCCAGAGGGCUGUCCGGAUAAUGUAGCCGGCAUGUGAGAGGGCUGUACUUCAGGGACACUCCUUCCUCUGUUCAAAAAACUGUCCAAUGGGCACAUAACUUAUGUUGUUCUCUAUGAAGAACUAAAAAUAUGAACAUUAGGACACUAUUUUAUUACUUUUAAUUUAUUGCUAUUUAAGUAUGUGAUAUUGAGUUAAUUUAUAUAAGUGAUAUUUAUAUUUUUAUAAAAUGCCACUUGAAAUAUUUUAUGUGUUAGUUUUGAAAAAAUAACAUAAAAUCGUUAUACAGUUUGAAUACCCUCAUUUCAGAGCCAGAUCAUUUCUUGAAAUGUGUAGGCUUACCUCAAAUUGCUAACUUAUACAUGGUUUUUUAAAAAAAUAUUUAUAAUGUAUUUAUAUAAUGUUUAAAUUGUUUUUA